AUGUCGGAGGGUCUUGGAGCUCUGUUGGAGGCAAGCUUGGACCCCAGACAGAACAAGGCGGCCGAAACAACCCUUCGUCAGGAAGAGCAGAAGCCGGGUUUCUCGCUACAGCUUCUUCACAUCACCGCUUCGCAGGCUACACCUUACAACACACGCCUUGCGAGUGCACUAUUCUUUAAGAACUUCAUCAAGCGCAACUGGACCGACGAGGAUGGAACACAUAAGUUGCAGAAUGAUGAGGUUGAGACACUUAAGCGCGAGUUGAUCUCUUUGAUGAUUUCGUUGGGUGAGGCUGUCAGUGUUAUCGCCGAUAGUGAUUUUUGGGAGAACUGGGAUACUCUGGUGGAUGAUCUUGUUUCCAAGCUGUCGCCGGCCAACCCUACCGUCAACAUUGGUGUGCUGCAAGUCGCACACUCCAUUUUCAAGAGAUGGAGACCUUUGUUCCAGUCCGAUGCCCUCUACACUGAGAUCAAUCAUGUCCUGGGCAAAUUCGGUACUCCGUUCCUCGCUCUGUUCGAGGCACUCGAUAACUACCUCGAGCAAAACAAGACCAACAAAGAAAAUCUCACGCAAGGGUUCACUCAGCUCAACCUGAUGGUCAAGCUAUUUUACGACCUUUCUUCCCACGAUCUCCCUCCCAUGUUUGAAGAUAACAUCACUGGAAUUGCCGCAAUUUUCUUGAAAUACCUCACUUACGACAACGAACUACUACACACCGAUGACGAAACCGAGGCUGGUCUGUUGGAAUACGUCCGUGCUGGAAUAUUCGAGGCUCUGACCCUUUAUGUUCAGAAGUACAUGGAUGUGUUCCAGCCCCAUGUAGGACAGUUCAUUGGAAGCUCAUGGAACUUCCUCUCAACCAUCGGCCAGGAAACGAAAUAUGAUAUCUUGGUCAGCCGUGCCCUGCUCUUUUUGACGUCUGUCGCAGGCAUGCCAGAGCACGCUGCUUCUUUCCAGGCUGAGGAGACUCUGGGCCAGAUUGUUGAGAAGGUUAUCUUGCCCAACGUUAGCCUCCGUGAGUCGGAUGAGGAGCUCUUCGAGGAUGAGCCCAUUGAGUUCAUUCGACGUGACUUGGAAGGAUCCGACAGCGAGACUAGACGUCGCGCUGCCACUGAUUUCCUUCGCAAGUUAGCUGAGAAGUUUGAGGAGCCUGUUACCCGAGUUGUCCUCAAGUACACCCAGCACUACCUGGCUGAGUACGCCAAGGAUGCUUCCAACUGGAAGGCUAAAGAUACUGCCACAUACCUUUACUCUGCCAUUGCUGCCAAGGGCACUGCAACUGCUUCGCACGGUGUCACUGCUACCAACCAGUUGGUUAGCAUUACGGAUUACUUCCAGCAGAACCUUGCGGCUGAUCUGGUCUCCGAUGAUGGUGUUCAUCCCAUCUUGAAGGUUGAUGCCAUCAAGUAUCUGUACACUUUCCGCAGUAUCAUCACCAAGGAUCAGUGGCAACAAGUCCUUCCCGUUCUGGUUAAGCACUUGGCCUCUUCUAACUUUGUCGUCUACACAUAUGCUGCUAUUGCCCUGGAGCGGGUGCUUUACCUCAGCGAUGCUCAAGGUCAGCCGGUGAUCCCCCCCACAGAAAUUACGCCUCUGGCCAAGGAUCUUCUGGAGCACAUCUUCCAACUCAUCCAGAGCAACCCAGCUCCGGAGAAGGUUCAAGAGAACGAGUUCUUGAUGCGCUGUGUGAUGCGAGUUUUGGUUGUCAUCAAGGAGGGAGUGGUUCCUUUCACCGACAUCGUUCUUCAGCGUUUCAUCAACAUUACCAACAUCAUCAGCGCGAACCCCAGUAACCCCCGCUUCUACUACUUCCACUUCGAGGCCUUGGGUGCCUUCAUUCGCUUUGCUGCUCCCGCCAAUCCCGACAAGCUCGAGCAGGCUCUCUACGCACCCUUCGCCGGUAUUCUCCAGAAUGAUGUGCAAGAAUUCAUGCCCUAUGUUUUCCAGCUUUUUGCUGCCCUGCUCGAGGCCAACCCGUCUGCAACCCUCCCUACCUACUACCAAGAACUUAUCGGCCCUGUGCUGAUGCCUGUCAUGUGGGAUUCCAAGGGAAACACUCCAGCUCUAGUUCGACUGCUUUCUUCUAUCAUCCCCCGUGGCUCGCAGUACAUCAUUGGACACAACCAGAUUGAGCCCAUUCUGGGUAUCUUCCAGAAGCUCGUUUCGACCAAGGCCAAUGAAAGCUUUGCGUUCGAUCUGCUAGAGACCGUUGUUGCAAACUUCCCUCCCACAGCUCUCGAGAACUACUUCAUCAUGAUCAUGCAGAUCAUUCUCCAGCGCCUGCAGAACUCUAAGACCGAGAACCUGACUCUCCGCUUUGUUCGCUUCUUCCACUUCAUCUCUACUCAGGACGACAAGGGCUACAGCGCCGAUUUCGUCAUCCAGGUCACCGACAAGGUGCAAGAAGGACUCUUCACCCCCAUCUACAUCAACGUCAUUCUCCCCGAAACCCAGAAGCUUGCCCGGCCUCUGGAUCGCAAGACGGCUAUCAUGUCCUUCACCAAGACCCUUGCCAACUCCGAAGCAUUUGCUACCCGGUACUCCCAGAAGGGAUGGGGCUUCACCUGCACAGCCUUGCUCAAGCUUCUCGAGCUUCCUCCCUUGCCCGCUAGCAGGGACGAUAUCAUUGCUGAUGCCGACACCGAAGACAUGUCCUUCGGCGUUGGCUUCACUCCUCUGAACACCAUCCGCCCUCAGCAGAAGGACCCCUGGCCCGAGACCGGAGCCGACCUCAAGGCCUGGGUGGGUACAUACCUGAAGGAGGCCGACAAGAAGCAGAACGGCCGAGUGUCGCAGUUCGCUGCUGAACGUCUUGACGAUCAGUCCAAGGCUGUCCUGGGAAGCUACAUUUCUUGA